AUGACUGUCCUCACCUUUGCGACGUUUGGCCUACUGGCCGCGACGGUCUCAGCGAAUUUAAAAGCCUUAAAGAUCGGCACGACUCCCGGCGGUUAUACCAAACCCGCCCGUGGUUGGGGGUCCUGGGGCAUUCAGUCUGGCGGCUACCUGUCAUCAGAUGACUUCAAUCAGCAGCAUAUUCAACCUCAAUGCGACGCAAUGGCGUCCACUCUUAGAGGUCUCUACACCGUCUGUGCUCUUGACUCUGGGUGGUCCUUUGACGGCGGUGACGAAAACGGCGUUAUCAGGUAUAAUUCGGACAAGUUCGACAUUCCAAAUUUUGCAAAUCACCUCCACCGUCAAGGCCAGCAACUGGGUGUCUACGUCGUCCCGGGAGCUUUCACAAGUGAUUACGACAAGUAUGUCGCCGGGACCAAGACUAAAAUUCGUGAUAUCUGCGAUGGUGAUUAUAGUUUUGGACGGUGUUACUUGAAAUACGAUCAUCCGGACACGCAGAAGUGGUUUGACUCGAACGCGAAGCAAUUCGCUGCAUGGGGAGUAGACUACAUCAAACUCGAUUUCCUUACUCCCGGAUCGCCAUCCCCUGGUACUAACCUUCGCCCUGACUCGGCUGGUGAAGUGAUCGGAUGGCACAAGGCAAUUGCUAAAUCUGGCCGUAAGAUCUUCCUAGAUAUUUCCUGGAAGCUCGAUCGCUCAAAACCAUAUUUCGACGUCUGGGAGCAGAACUCCGACGCGAUGCGGGUGGAUGUAGAUCUUAAUACCUAUUCGUCCACUCCGUUUACUUCGUGGGACCGGAUCCAGAAAACCAUUGAGCAGUAUCGCCAGUGGGCUGUUGCCGCGUUGUCAUAUUACGAUGUUACACAUACUCAUCCGGAUUUGGACGACAUGAUGGUCGGAAAUGCACAAAAUAUUACCGGACUUACCGACGAACAACGCAGGACAGUCUUCCUUCACUGGAUCGGUGCCUCUGCCUUGCUCAAGCUUGGUUCCGAUCUCACGAAACUUGAUUCAUAUGGUAUUUCUCUUUUGACGAACACUCACGCGCUCUCGGCUGCCGAUUUCACCGCUCAAUACGCAAUGCAACCGCGAAACCCGGGAUCUGGACGAAGCGAUCCCCAGCAACUACAAUCGUGGAUUAGUGGACCGUCACCCUCUGGAGAGAUUAUCGUUCUUCUCACCAACUAUGGGAAGGAUCAAGGCAGCGGCGGCUGGGGUGGCGGACAUGACUCAACUCAAACUGUUACCGUGUCCUGGCGUGACCUGGGUGUUUCGGGUCCAUUCAUUUGCCGAGACGUGCUUUCGCAACAGGUCGUGGUCUCCCUUUUGGGUCUUAAGGCCUCACUUACCGCUGGCGCGAGCAACAUGUAUCGUUGCACUCGACUACUUCCAGGCCAUCAUUUCGCUUCAAGGUACAGAGUGUGA